GGACUAGAGUCUAGAACACCGUCGAAGACGACCGGACGACCGCCUGAGCUCCACCGUCACUGGGAAGUCCGGGGAAUGCUUACGACGCACAUUUCGACGCUGUCGUGAGCCGUAAAACUCCUCCUCGUCGCGCAACGUUCUCCGACUGAUCAGCUCGAACAACGAGAAGGUUACUAAUACCUUGCUUCAGCUCGUAUCAAGAAUCGGUUCCUUUAAUCGACCCCGAGUUUUCUAUCUUUCUUGAGAUGCAGAUAAAAUGCCCCGUUUUCCUCAUUUGGGUUCUUCUCAAAAUAUUUUAUUUUGCAGCUUUUUGAAAGCGGGGGAGGAUAUUGUGGGUGAAUUGAUUUGGUUCCCGUUUUACUUUUCGCAUCGCCUGCUUCUUCGUAUCUUGUUCUGAUGAUGUCGGGUUUCUGAAAUCGUUUCUGUCUAUGGGAAUUUGUGGCUUCAAUGGAGGUACGGUUCUCUGUUGAUGAUCUGCUGUCAAAUGCCUGUAGAAAGGCUCUGUUGGGGGAAAGCAGAAUGUGUUAUGGGAUUGUGGAUUGACACCUAAAAGUGCUUUUAAUUAGAAAAACCGAGAAUUUAGGGAAUUGUUAGAAAUCUUAUCGAGCUAUAUUUGGCUGUUGGGGGCAAGAAGAGCCUCUUAUAAUUGGUUAGGUGGAGAUUGGCUUGCGAUGGUGUGGAAACUCUGGGUGUACUUGUAUUAACUAUAAAGAUGCUGGGCUUUUUGGUAUGAUUGACUCGGGACUUUUCCCUGGCGAAUAUGGUAAAGUUAGCGUGAAGGAGGCAAUGCCAAAAUGAUUGCUUGCUGCACUCUGAUAACUUGUCCAAAGAAUGUUUUACGCUUAAGUGGUCGCAUUUGGGGACGACAGAUGGGGAGGAGUAUGUGUGAUGUGACGCCUUCCAGUGCACGCUUUCAUGUGUUUUCUGGGUAUUCCAGGUCCAAGUUUAUUGAUCUGAGUGGAUCUGAAGUGCCAACCUCUGGUAGUAUUACUGGUUUUAGAGGGGGCCAGGGUGGAUGUUUUGGUUCCUUUAUCUCCAAGCACAGGCGAGUUGUGCGGUCUCUAGUAAUUAGAGAUUCGGUUGGUGUUACAAUACCUCAAAAAGGACAUGUUUCAAUAUCAACAGUAUGUGACAGAGUGAAUGCCAAACUUUUUUUUACAAAGCAAGGGAUGCCUAGUGAAGUCCGAUAUAGUGUUCGCCGUAUUUCUCGGCCUCAAGGGCGUGGUUCUGCUGGUUUGCUUUUUGGGCUGUUGGUUUGUUAUUCGAGUUUUGAGCCAGAGCAUGCUGAAGCAGCCAUUGAUGAUCGCAAAGAGAAAAAUUGCGAGGACUCAUCAUAUGCUAAAAUUUCGCAUGGGAAGAAAGUCUAUACUGAUUACUCUGUCACUGGCAUACCUGGAGAUGGUAGAUGUUUAUUUCGUUCUGUCGCUCAUGGGGCCUGUCUUCUGUCCGGAAGACCAGCUCCAAGUGAGAGCCUUCAGAGAAAACUUGCAGAUGAAUUACGGGAUUUGGUUGCGGACGAGUUCAUCAAAAGACGGGAAGAGACAGAAUGGUUUAUUGAAGGUGAUUUUGAUACAUAUGUCUCGCAAAUGAGGAAGCCACAUGUAUGGGGAGGUGAGCCAGAAUUGCUCAUGGCAUCUCAUGUUCUCAGGAUGCCUAUCACGGUGUACAUGUAUGAUAAUGAUGCCGGAGGCCUUAUAUCAAUAGCUGAGUAUGGCCAAGAAUAUGGCAAAGAGAACCCCAUAAGACUUCUUUACCAUGGUUUUGGCCACUACGAGGCUUUGCAAAUUCCUGGCAAGAAGGAUGUGAAGUCGAGACUUUAAGCAUUUAACUAUCAGCACAAUGAAGGAAUGUACUAAAAAGCGUGAACCAUUUAUUUGAGGAGAACGGCGACCUUGGUGGUGGAAGCAAAUAAUAAUGUUCGAGUAUGCCAUAUGGUGAUGCCCUACAGCGGACACACGCUAUUUUAGACAGCGUGAUUUUUCGGGCAGAUAGACUAAAAGAUUCGCACUCUUUUCCUGAUAUGUAAGGCAAUUCUUAUUGGGAAAUUUCUGUAAUAGGACGAACAGGUCGACACGGACGACUGAAAAGCGUGAUUGCCCAAAAUCCAGAAGGAUGUUUUGGUUUGGUAGAUAUGGAAGUACUCUCUCUGUAGGAGCCAGGUUUUCCAUAUUAUAUAUAUGCCAUCAAGCACAUCCCAGAAGUGCCUUUUGGCGAUUUGGCUCCAUCUAUUUGUUGCCCUCCAAACUUUUAAGAUUCCGUUUCUUCUUUCUCU